AUAGGGAAAAAUAGAGAAAAAUUGAGGAAAAAAUUGAGGAAAAAAAGAGAAAAUAUAUAGAAAAAAUACAGAAAAAAUAGAGAAAAAACAUUUAAAAAAAGAAGAAAAAACCCAGCGAAGCCCCGAGGAGCGCGAGCGAGCCGCCCGGCCGGGCACAGCGCGGGGCACGCCGCGGAGCGGCGGCGGCGGCGGCGGCAGCGGGAGCGGCGCGGAGCGGCGGCGAUGAAUUCCUACUUCACCAACCCGUCCUUGUCGUGCCACCUCGGCGGCGGCCAGGAGGUGCUGCCCAACGUGGCCGCGCUCAACUCCAGCUACGACCCCGUGCGGCAUUUCGGCGGCUACGGCGCGGCCGUGGCGCAGAACCGGAUUUACUCGUCGCCCUUUUACUCGCCCCAGGACAACCCGGUGGUGUUCGGCUCGGGCCGCUCGCCCUACGAGUACGGCUCGAACGCCUUCUACCAGGACAAGGAGGUGCUGAGCAGCUGCCGCCAGAGCUCGGUCGGGGCGCACGGCACCCCCAACUCCAUCGCGCAGGAUUUCCCCAGCGAGCAGAGCCGCGGCGCGGCUCAGGAGCAGAAAUCCGGCAUCCAGAUCUACCCCUGGAUGCAGCGCAUGAAUUCGCACAGUGUCUGUUUUGUCUCGGCUUCUUUAGGAGUCGGCUACGGGGCCGACCGCCGGCGGGGCCGCCAGAUUUAUUCCCGGUACCAGACGCUGGAGCUGGAGAAGGAAUUCCACUUCAACCGCUACCUGACCCGGCGGCGCCGCAUCGAGAUCGCCAACGCGCUGUGCCUGACCGAGCGGCAGAUCAAGAUCUGGUUCCAGAACCGCCGCAUGAAGUGGAAGAAGGAGACGAACCUCAGCUCCACGCUGGCCGGAGCCGCGGGAGGAGGAGGAGGAGGAGGAGGAGGAGGAGGAGGAGGAGGAGGAGGAGGGGGCGGGGGGGCAGCGGCGGCCGCCGACAGCUUGGCCAAGGAGGAGAAGCGCGAUGAGACAGAGGAGGAGAAGAAGGAGUGAUGGGGUUUUUGUCCCCCCCUCUCCCUCCCCUCUCGUCCCUUUUCUUCCCCUUUUUGUCCUUCCUGGUAUUUAUCGCUGGAGAAAAAAAAAAUAAUAAUAAUAAUAAUUAAAAAUUAUAUUAUUGAAAAAAAAACAAACAAAAAGAAAGCGUUGGCGGGGGAAGAGAGAAAGAAACGGAAUAAAAGAGGGGAGGAAUGAGGGACGGGGAGAGGGGAGAGGGGGGAGAGCGGAGGAGUGGAAAAAGUUCAGGAAUUAAAAAGGGGAGGGAGCGGAAAAAAAGUUCGGGGAGUGAGAAGUGGAGGAAUGAGGGAAAAAAAAGGGGAAAAAAUGAAAAAAAUAGGAAAAAAAAAAGAAAAAGUGGAGGGGCGAAAGCGGAGAAUUGAAUUAAUUAAUGCGGAGAAACGAGCGAGUGAAUGAAUGAGGAAUGGAUUAAUUAAUAAAUUAAUUAAUGAGAGAGCUCCUCGGAACCCCCCAAAUCUCCCCCCUCGCCUCCUCAGCCCGGCCGCGCCCCCGCUCCCCCCACCCCAAAAAUCGGGAAAAUCGGGCAAAAACUGGGCAAAAACUGGGCAAAAACUGGGCAAAAAUUGGGGCCAAAGCGGGCGGAACUGGGGGCGACCCCGCCCCCGCUGGGCCCCCCCAAACCUCAGCGAUUGCCGGUGAGAAAAAAUCAGAUUUUCCUGGCGAAAAUGCCAUUAAAAAAGCGCUUUUUGGGCCCAAAAUCGCCUUUUUUUCCUCCUGGUAUUUAAGCAGCUACCUGGGCUCAUCACCGCAUCCACAAACUGUGACGGUUUCUGUGUGAAUAUUUUUCUGUGUUCGUGGUACCUGUAUUUAUAUUUAUGUUUAGCGCUGUAAUGUUCGAAAAAAGGGAAAAAAAAAUUAAAAAAAUUAAAAAAAAGUGAAUGGAGUUCAUAGAGGUAGAGAGAGAAAAAAAAAAAUUAAAAAAAAAAAAAAAGCGGCGAAAAAUGUGUAAAAAAUAAAUGAAAUUGAAAACUCUUGUGUUAAACCCUCUCAUGUAUAAAGUCCCCGGGUCCGGACCGGACUUGCUGUCGAGUAUUUAAUGAAAUAAAAUCGGAAUAUUAUUUUUGAAAGUU